UGGCUCCUUCUCGGUUGCUGCGCCUCUGCUGCAACUGUGCGCCACACGCAGCAUGGCUCUGUGCGCAAGUAGGACGCUCCUGGCCUUCUUUGUGGCUUUCUGCACACCUGGAUGCGGGUGGACAGCGGAGAAGCCCUUGCGGACACAUAAUGGCAAAGCGACUUCAUUGGUCAAAAGCCUGAGGGAGAGCUGGGAGCCUUCCAUCCAUCUGGACGGAAGGCCGGUGGAGCGCUUUAACAGGCCAUUGAGGACUCAUCGCUACACCCGAGUGGGCAAGGAGAGUCGUGCUCCCUUAGUGGAGGAUGUCGAUCCUGAAUGGGUAAAGCUUGAUGGCUUUGCUGUGCUGAGCAGCGCACCAGUCAGCAACACAUCAACAGGCGCAGCUAGGUUAACAUACCCUGCGGCGAGAAAUCAGACGGCGUUGAAGCGUGCUGCUCGGGUGAACAGAACAACACACCGCCAAAGUGCUUCUAGCCCCAGGACCUACAGGAGGAGGGCCCCUCAGUCUUCCAGCGGUCCCCGACAACCCGAGAGGAGCUUCGCAAGAACAUCUUCACUGGCGAGAAGACACCACACCAAGCCUCAGUCUGACCAGAGGAACCGUAACUCGCAGAAAUUAACAUCUGAGUCCGUUCAUGUGGUGUCACUGCAGGCACAGAACUCCCAAGGCCAGAGAGCUCCUGCAAACGAUGCAGCAACAAAAAUGAUCGCUCCAGCAGAGCCGCCUGAAUACGAGGCGAAAGACAUCAGUGUCAGGGUCAUGUCUGCAAAAUCAGUCCUCAUCACCUGGGUUGACCCUGCUGUGGAAAUGGGAAAGAUCGAAUCUGGGGAAUUCAGAUCCUACACUGUCCGGUACCGGGAGAAGGGUGAAUCAGCCCGCUGGGAGUACAAAGAGAGCAACCAGAGGAGAGUGAUGGUAGACACCCUGUCUGCUGAUAGCAUGUAUGAAUUUGCCGUCAAAAUCUCUCAAGGAGAAAAUGAUGGCAAGUGGAGUGUAUCCGUCUAUCAGAGGACCCCCGAGUCAGCACCAUCUGGCCCACCGGAGAACUUUGAAGUCAAACCGCUACGGGGUAAAGGGACUGCUGUGACGGCCACUUGGGAUCCUCCUGAGGAGACCAAUGGGAGGAUACGAGAGUACAUCCUGUCUUAUGCUCCUGCAUUGAAGCCAUUUGGGAUGAAAAGUAUGACGUACCGAGGCAGCACCACCUCAGCGACGAUAGACGGUCUAACACCUGGAGAUCGGUACAUCUUCAAGAUCAAAGCCACCAACAGGAGGGGACAAGGGCCACUAAGCAAGGCCUUCAGCGUUGUCAUGCCUGGAUCCAGCAGUGCCGUCUCUUCAAGGACCAAGGACAGCCAGAGGACUAGCUACAAGCCUUCCAAAAACGACGCUACCAAUGACAAAUCAGAGCUCCAAUCAACGGAGGCACCAGAAGAAGAAGCGACCGAAGCCGCUCAGCCACGCAACUCUGCACCCGUCAGUAGACGGGUGCGCCCACUUUCUCAGACACGCUCUUAUCACAGCAUCAUGUCCUCAGUAAGAGGAGGAGUCAGGAAUGGAGUAAACAAAGGCAGAACCUCAGCUCGGGAGGAUGAGGAGGAGGAGGAUGAAGAUGAUGAGGGAAUACCUACAACCUCCUCUCCGGAAGAAGCCACGACAACCAUGGAGUCUGAACCUGAGACAAAAGAGCCAUAUAAUGAUGUUUCCUCUGAAUCUGAGGAUGACAUUUAUAGUGAAGUGGAUGAAGCUCCAACUCCCGAGACCCCCAGCCUGAAAGUUUUUACACUCUCCCCAACGAAACCCUCGUCUGUUUAUCCACAGCAAAGAAAACCCACAAAGCUCAGGCUCCAUCAAAAAGGAGGCACCUCUUCAUCAUUGCCAUUGCAUCCAAAAUCAUCUUCUUCACCUUCGACCACAGCCCUGCGUAAUACCCAAUCAGAGGACAUAAGAAAGGACACAGCGUCCACACACCUUCAGAGCAAAGACAUGUCCAAUGAUCCUCGAGGCAAAGGAUCUGCAUCAUCCGGCCGGACCAAUGGAUCUGGCUUUGGUGGACGAAACGGUUAUGGCCGAAGGAACCUAGGAAUUCCUUUUCGAGGAAAUUCAACCAGAACGCUCAACGGUUACAGACCGGGUAUAACUUCACAGUCACGUUUGCCGAGCAGAACUCACAAUCAGGUCACAUUGCAGUCCACCUUACCGGAGCAGUCCAUCAAUGAAGCGGCAGUUGGGUCAUCUUCGGAAGGAAGGAUCAACGGCAAAACGAUAUCAUCGACGACGGAGAAAUCGGAAAUCGCUUCAUCCGCCCCAUCAAAUGGCGCUGGAGCUUCAGAUACAAACACCAGAAACAUUUUAACUUCGCAUCAACCAAUAGCAACUUCAAACCGGGAUUCACAGAGCUCUUUACAGAACAUAGAAAAGUCAAAUCCAUCACCAGAACAUGCGGCAACAAAUGAGGGAAUACUUCACCAGAGCAAUUUCAAAAACACAGGGGAACCCAAAGUUGAAGAACCUACUCCAAGCUACAAAGAAGAUCCCAGGGAAGAGGAGAAAAAGAAAAGCGAGGAGAGUCCUUCUCAUAAAACAACUCGUAUCAGAGUUAGUCCUUCCCUUGCGGAGAGAUUUAAGUUCCUAACCAGGUCGGGUUCAGGAACAAGAGUCCCAUUUUCCAGACAUGGUGGCAGGACUCCUUGGAGCAGAUCUGCAUCCUCAACAGGAGCCGGCAGACCCAUUCUGCAGGGGACACCCAGUAGGGACUCAGGUACUGCAGGAGGCUCCUCGAUUCAGGAGACGAGUGAAAACCCAACUGCCACUUCUCGUGACUCACUAAAAAACGAUGACCUGGGCGGGAGUUCUUACAAACCCUCACUGACUGACAGAAAUUCCGAACAUAGCAACUCAAGAUAUCCAACUCCACCAGCUCCUUCACCCUCUUCAAAGUCUGGCCUAUCUAUAAAUGUGAAAUCAAACGACGAUGCUAAUAACGAUUAUGAUAAAAAGGACUACCUUGAUAAGAGAGAAAACAGUGGGAUCAAUAAAAAUGUUGCAAAACCCGCAGUGGACCAAACGAAUCCAGCCACAACACCAACCGAAGCAAACAGAAACACGGAGGACAAUGAGAGUGUAGCUACAAGAGACAACCCUUCGAGGACUAGCUCAUCGCCCGUGGUCCCUCCGUCUUACCGCCGUCCUAAUAUCGGGAUGAAUGGGAGGAUACGCUCUCCUCAUCUUGGAACCAGACUGUUUGGUGGAUCCAGGCUUCCUAGCAGAUCACAAUCAACACACAAUUCUAGACUGGGUUCUUCAACAACAUCUGAUUCAUCUUCAUCAUCCACCCACUCCUCUUCUUCGAAUCGACUCAGACCAAUGUUUACGUCAGAUCGCAACGCAAGCAGAAUCUCGACUCCAACGAGGACUGGGGGGAUCACAGAGGGUCGAGUCCAGUCGAUAUCGUUGUCACCAUCUUCACCUCGAGACGGCUUUAGAAGCCAGGGGGGCAGAAGUCGCUAUCCUACCCUCAGAGGCAAAACACCCAAUGGAGCUGCUAUAGCCGCCAAUGGAAAUGGUCAAAAUGGACAACCGCAUCUGGAUAAAGACUCCUCAGACAAUCAUGGAACGAGCAAGUCUGUUGGGCAAAGGCUUAUUACUGGACCUGACGGAAACAAAUGGUUGGUAGAUCUGGAGUUGGGCAUCCUUAUGAACCAGGAUGGAAAAGUCCUCCAGGACUCCCAGGGCCAACCAAAGAGAGUCGUACUUGGCGAGGAUGGACGCACCAUUUUUGACCAUCUGGGAAGCCCCCUGCUGAACCAGGAAGGCAUGGCUUUGUUUGGUCACGGCCGAGAUAGUCGCCCAGUGGUCAACCCCAAAGAGAAGAUCCUCAUGGUUGGAGGAAAACCGCUACUUGGCUUGGACUUGCCUCACCUCAGGACCACCACUACCACCACCACCAGAGCUCCAACCACUACACCGGAACCCACCACCGUAGAAUGGACUACGGCGGAGUCCACCACUGAAGAUCUAUUCCCGACAUGUCCACCGGGAACCUUCGCCAAAAUGGAUGAAGAUGGGGAUCUAAUGGUUGACUCGGAAGGAAUAUUAAACUGUUACUCAGAAGAUGACUUUGUACUCCAGACUACGCCGCUUCCGCCUACUACGACACCUACUACUACGACGGCACCGCCGACAACCACAACCACCGUCGCCACCACCACAACAGAGAUGCCGACUCCAGACACCAGAUCCGGCCGAGGUCCUUUAGCAGAGUUUGACGAAAGUGGGAAGAGGCGAUUUACAGCACCGUAUGUGAACUACAUCCAAAAGGACCCGGGAUCUCCGUGCUCCCUGACGGAGGCUCUGGAAUACCUCCAAGUUGACAUCCUGGAAGAUCUGAUCAAGAACGACACUCGCGUCUCCAAUCAAAAGCAGCCGCCCAAAAAUAAACCCCAUAAUCUCACCGUGGUCGCCAUGGAGGGCUGCCACUCGUUCAUCAUCCUGGACUGGGGCCGUCCAUUGAAGGAUGACAUGGUUUCAGGCUACAUGGUGUACAGUGCUUCGUAUGAUGACGUGCUCAACAAUCGAUGGUCCUCAAAGGUAUCCAAUGGGACUCAUCUGGCUGUGGAGAAUCUCAAACCCAACUCCAGGUACUACUUCAAAGUCCAGGCCAAGAAUGUGUUUGGGUUGGGACCCAUCAGCGAUACGCUCACCUAUGUCACCGAAUCAGACGAUCCUCUUCUCAUUGAAAGACCGCCUGGCGGAGAACCAAUUUGGAUCCCUUUCUCCUUCCGCUACAACUCGGCCCACAGUUCCUGUCAAGGCAGUCAGUACGUCAAGCGGACGUGGUACCGGAAGUUUGUGGGCGUGGUUUUGUGCAACUCUCUGCGAUACAAGAUCUUCAUGGGAGACGGUCUUAGAGAGCCUUUCUACAGUAUCGGAGACACGGUGGGAGAAGGAGAAGAUCAUUGUCAGUUUGUGGACUCGCACAGGGACGGCAGGACUGGGCCCGCGUAUCUCUCUCUUACUCUGCCUUCAGCUCAAGGAUAUUAUCGUGCCUACAGACAGGAGCCUGUCACAUUUGGAGUGAUUGGCAGAAGAACAUCCCAUCCUUUCGUGGGCUGGUAUGAAUGUGGGGUGCCCAUCCCUGGAAAGUGGUAGGAGGAGUGGGAGGGGGGGCACUGUUACAAAGGGCAACCAAUCAGUCGCCCCGCCAACUAAAACAGAGACUUUUGCUCGCCGCAACUAAAAGACACCACUUUAAUCAAAUGAACAUAAUGCUUUGACGCAAGCCCUGUGUAUUUUGUUUUGUUUUGGUUUUUUUUACAUAAAGCAGUCUGUAUAUGAGGGAAGAAAAGGCAUGAGCUUUGUAAAAUUCUUGUCAAGCAAGCACCCAAGCAGCAGGUCCAUAUGCAAUCUUAUUUAAGGAACAUGCAUAAUAGGCAAUAAACUGAAGUCUGUUGAGUUUCA